AUGAAGGGUAUGCAUGCUGUGUUGCUUAUUCCAACCAUGAAGGGAAUGCAUGCUGUGUUGCUGAAGGGUAAUGCUGUGUUGCUUCUUCCAACCAUGAAGGGGAAUGCAUGCUGUGUUGCUUCUUCCAACCAUGAAGGAACAUUACACACCCCUUAUCCCCACCACCCUCCCCAAUCUCCACCAUAUCCCCAAUCUCCACCACCCUCCUCAAUCUCCAGCACCCUCCUCCUCAAUACCCUCCUCAAUCUCCCACCAUCCUCCCCAAUCUCCACCAUCCUCCCCCACUCUCCACCAUCCUCCUCCACCAUCCUCCCCAAUCUCCACCCUCCCUCCUCAAUCUCCACCAAUCUUCCUAAUCUCACCACCUCCCAAUCUCCACCAUUCCCCCACCUGCACCUCAAUCUCAACCACCUCCCAAUCUCCAUCUCCUCCUCCCAAUCUCCACCUCCACCCUCCCUAAUCUCCCACCACCCUCCCAAUCUCCACCCUCCCAAUCCUCCACAAUCUCCACCACCCUCCACACCUCCACCAGCCUCCCCAAUCUCCACCACCCUCCCUCAAUCUCCACCACCCUCCCCAAACUGCACCACCCUCCCAAUCUCUAUCCUCCUCCCCAAUCCACCACCCUCCCAAUCUCCACCACCCUCCCCAAUCUCCACCACCCUCCCAAUCCUCCACAAUCUCCCCACCCACCCUCCCUCCUCCACCAGCCUCCCCAAUCUCACCCAAUCUCUCCCUCAAUCUCCCACCACCCUCCCCAAACUGCAUCUUUCACCCUCCCAAUCUCUAUCCCUCCUCCCCAAUCUCCACCACCCUCCUCAAUCUCCUGCACCACAAUUCCCCCUAAACUGCACCAACCUCUCCACCCAGGUCAUCCUCCUCCCCAAUCUCCACCACAAUCACAAUCUCCCCACUCACACAACAAUUCUCCCACCAAUUCUCCCCCAAACUGCACCACCCUCCCAAUCUCCAUCCUCCUCCCCCCAAUCCCACCAUCUCCUCAAUCUCCACCAUCCUCCCAAAUUCCCCACCACCCUCCCCAAUCUGCACCACUCCUCCCUCCCAAUCUGCACCACCCUCCCAAUCUCCCACCAGCCUCCCCCCACUCUCCACCAGCCUCCACCAUCUCACCACCCUCCUCAAUCUCCCACCACCCUCCCCAAACAGCACCACCCUCCCAAUCUCCAUCCUCCUCCCCAAUCUCCACCAAUUUCUCCCCAAUACCUCCACCACCCUCCCCAAAACUGCACCACCCUCCCACCUCCAUCCCUCCCUCCCCACCUCCACCUCACAAUCACCUUCCCACCACACAACAAUCUCCACCACUCCCCCAAACUGCCCCAAUCUCCCACCCUCCAUCCUCCUCCCCACCUCCACCAUCUCCACCACCCUCCCACCUCCCACCACCCUCCUCAAUCUCCACCACCCUCCCACCCAUCCAUCCUCCCUCCCCAAUCUCCACCACAAUCACAAUCUCCACCACCCUCCCACCCCCACCACCCUCUCAAUCUCCAUCCUCCUCCCCACCCCCUCUCUUACCUCCCACCCCCACCACCCUCCCCCAACUUCUCCACCAGCCUCCCUCCCACCUCCACCAUCUCCACCACCCUCCCUCACCUCCACCACCCUCCCCCAAACUGCACCACCCUCCCACCCAUCCUCCUCCCCAAUCUCCACCUACAAUCCACAAUCUCCAACCACCCUCUCCAUCUCAACCACCUCCACUCAGCCCUCUCCCUCAAUCCUCCACCACCCUCCCCCAAUCUCCACCACCCUCCCCUAAUCUGCACCACCCUCCCAAUCCUCCACAGUCUGCACCACCCUCCCACCCUCCACCAGCCUCCCAAUCUCCACCACCCUCCCUCAAUCUCCACCACCCUCCCCAAACUGCACCACCCUCCCAAUCUCCAUCCUCCUCCCCACCACCCUCCUCAAUCUCCACCACCCUCCCCAAACUGCACCACCCUCCCUCCCCAUCCUCCUCCCCCACCUCCACCACAAUCCACAAUCUCCACCACACAAUCUCCCACCACCCUCCCCAAACUGCACCUCCCACCUCCAUCCUCCUCCCCAAUCCCCACCCCCCACCAUCUCCCACAAUCUCCACCAUCCUCCCAAAUCUCCACCACCCUCCCUAAUUCUCCUCUCUCAAAUUUCCACCACCCUCCUCAACUCUCCACCACCUCCCCAAUCUCCACCAGCCUCCUCCCAAUCUCCACCAGCCUCCUAAUCUCCACCACCCUCCCAAUCCCUACCCCUCCCCAAUUUCCUCCCUCCCAAUUUCCACCAUCUCUACCCAUUCUCCUCAAUCUCCACCACUCCUCCCAAACUGCACCAAUUCUCCCACCUCUCCAUCCUCCUCCCCAAUCUCCACCACAAUCACAAUCUCCACCACACACAACAAUCUCCACCACCACCCCAAACUGCACCAAUUUCCUCCCAAUCUCUCAUCCUCCUCCUCAAUCUCCACCAUUCCCACCACCCUCCCAAAUCCCACCACCCUCCCAAUCUCCACCACUCCUCCUCCUAAAUCUGCACCACUCUCCCAAUCCUCCCCCAAUCUGCACCCACCUCCCACCUCCCAUCCUCCUCCCCAAUCUCCACCACCCUCACAAUCCACCACCCUCCCCACCUCCACCACCUCCUCCCCACCUCCAUCCUCCCCUCCCCAAUCUCCACCACCCUCCUCAAUCUCCACCACCCUCCCCCACCCUCCACCACCCUCCCACCUCCACCACCCUCCCAAUCUGCACCAUCCUCCCCAAUCUCCCACCACCCUCCCACCUCCAUCCUCCCUCCCCUGAUCUCCACCACCCCAAUCCCCACCUCCCACCACACCACAAUCUCCACCACACUACCUCCCAAUCUCCACCACCUCCCCCACCCACCACCACCCUCCCCACCUCCACCUCCCCCUCCCCAAUCUCCACCUCCACCACCCUCCCCCACCUCCCACCUCUCAACCUCCCCCCACCUCCACCAGCCUCCCCCAAUCUCCACCACCCUCCCUCCCAAUCUCCACCACCUCCCCACCUCCACCACCCACCACCUCCCCACCUCCCACCAGCCUCCCCAAUCUCCACCACCACCACCCUCCCCAAUCUCCACCACCCUCCCACCUCCACCUCCUCCCUCCCCAAUCUCCACCACCCCCUCCCCAAUCUCCACCAGCCUCCCACAAUCUCCACCAGCCUCCCCAAUCUCCACCACCCUCCCCAAUCUCAACCACCCUCCCAAUCCUCCAACACCCUCCCCAAUCUCCACCCUUCCUCCAGAUUCCAAUCAGUCCAACACUCAGGGCAGGUCCAACAUUCGGGGGCAGGCCCAACACCCAGGACAGAUCCAACACUCAGGGCAGGUCCAACACUCAGGGCAGAUCCAACACUCGAGGCAGGUACAACACUCCGGGCAGGUCCUACACUCAGGGGCUGGUCCAACACUCGGGACAGGUCCAACUCUCCGGGCAGAUCCAACACUCAGGGCAGGUCAAACACUCGGGGCAGGUCCAACAGUCGGGGCAGGUACAACACUCGGGGCAUGUCCAACACUCAGGGCAGGUACAACGCUCGGGGCAGGCAAACACUCGGGGCAGGUCCAAUACUCAGGGCAGGUACAACACUCGGGGCAGGUCCAACACUCAGGGCAGGUACAACGCUCGGGGCAGGUCCAACAGUCGGGGCAGGUACAACUCUCAGGGCAGGUCCAACACUCAGGGCAGGUACAACGCUCGGGGCAGGUACAACAGUCGGGGCAGGUACAACGCUCAGGGCAGGUCCAACACUCAGGGCAGGUACAACACUCGGGGCAGGUCCAACACUCAGGGCAGGUCCAACACUCAGGGCAGGUACAACACUCGGGGCAGGUCCUACACUCAGGGCAGGUACAACACUCGGGGCAGGUCCUACACUCAGGGCAGGUCCUACACUCAGGGCAGGUACAACGCUUGGGGCAGGUACAACACUCAGGGCAGGUCCAACACUCGGGCAGGUACAACGCGGGCAGGUACAACACUCGGGCAGGUCCAACACCUCAGGCAGGUCCAACACUUUCGAGGGCAGGUCCAACACUCAGGGCAGGUCAACAGUGGGGCAGAUCCAACACUCAGGGGCAGGUCCAACAGUGGGGGUAGGUACAACACUCAGGGUAGGUACAACACUCGGGCGGGUCCAACACUCAGGGCAGAUCAGGACAGAUCCAACACUAAGGGCAGAUCCAACACUCCGGGCAGGUCCAACAGUCGGGGUAGGUAAAACACUACGGGCAGGUCCAACAGUCGGGGCAGGUACAAAACUCGAGGCAGGUCCAACAGUCGGUGGCAGGUCCAACACUCGAGGCAGGUCCAACAGUCGGGCAGGUCCAACACUCGGGGCAGGUCCAACAGUCGGGACAGGUACAACACUCGGGGCAGGUCCAACACUCGGGGCAGGUCCAACAGUCGGGGCAGGUCCAACACUCAGGGCAGGUACAACACUCAGGGCAGGUCCAACACGGGCGGGCAGAUCCAGGGCAGGUCAACACUCCGGGCAGGUCCAACAGUCGGGCAGGUCCAACACUCAGGCAGGUCCAACAGUUGGGGCAGGGUCCAACACUUGGGGCAGGUCCAACACCCGGGCAGGUCCAACACUCAGGGCAGAUCCAACAGUCGGGCAGGUCCAACACUCGGGCAGGUCCAACAGUGGGAGCAGAUACAACACUCAGGGCAGGUCCAACAGUCGGGCAGGUCCAACACUCGCAGGCAGGUCCAACACUCCAAACACUCGGGCAGGUCCAACAGUCACAGGCAAUAACACUCAGCAGGUCAACACUCGGGCAAGGUCCAACAGUCGGUACAACACUCAGGGUAGGUACAACACUCCAGGGCAGGUCAACUUACUCAGGGCCAACACUCAGGUCCAACACUAA